CGCUCGCAGCAGGGUCAGGGGUGGGCAGUCCGUGGUGAGGCAAUCCCCUCAAGCAGAAAGCCAGCAGCGCAGGCAGUGCGGGACUCGAAAACUCCUCAUCUUCGUGGGCCCCUUUAACUGGCGCGUGGGGGGGGAGUAUUCAAAGCGGGCGCCCUGCCUGCCCGCCCGCCCGGCCUUUGAGGCGGGGGUCCUCAGCCUGCAAUCGAGGCGCCCCUCUGCCCCGAGCCCGUGGCUGGCUGCAGGGGAGCCUUGCAAGAGGAGUGGGCGGCGAGGACGCGGGCGAUGGCGAGGCGCUCCUUCGAGCCGGGCUGGAGUUGCGUGCGGUGCCGCCGGUGGCCGGCAGGCGGCGCCUCCGCGGAGGGAGCGAGCGAGCGAGCUGGCCGGCCCAGGACAGAGGCGAGGCGAGGCGGGUGGAGUCGUCGCUCCGCAGCGAGCCGGGAGGAAGAGGAGGCAGGCGGGCAGGCAGGCAGGAUCGGGAGACAGUGAUGCCUGUGCCGUGGCCAGUCCUGGCUGUUGCCAAAAAAGCAGAUGGAUUGUGGGCUCUUCUCCCUUCUCCAAGAGGAAUGAAGCAUUGGGCCUGUUAACCUAAUUUGGAGGCUCUCUUUGGUUUCUCUUGCUGAGAUCCGAAGGUCAUCACAAGGACAGUGACAAGAGCGGAGCGUAUCCUUGGGACCUGCCAGUCCCCUCUAGAAUACAAGGUGGAGUAGCAGCUGCACUCUGAAGGUGUCGCAACAGAGGCAGGAAGCAGGCCAGAGAGCCCUCACAUUUCAACAGGAAAUUUAAUUUUCACAUAGAUGUUGAACUGCCCACACACAGGAGGAUGCGUUCUCUGUUGACUCUCUUGGAGACUUUUGCCUGUCUUUUGAGGCCUGGGCUAGUCCUCGCCUCCUGAUAGCUUGCCCGCAUGCUCUCCAGUGGGGAUUUGAAUCAGCCCGAGUGAGGUGGCAAGUGGAGAGCCCCUUCCGGAGCCUGGGCCGCUUGAGCUGCGUGUGCGGCUGCCUGUGGUGCUGCAGAUAUGGACACAGGAUCCCUGGGCACCCUCUUGCGCCAGUCCCACCAUGCUAGUACAUGGGCAUAAAGACUUCCUCGCAGACGUGGUCUACAUCGUCUUGGAGCUGGUCAUUGCGGUGUUGGCCAUCUUGGGGAAUGUCCUGGUUUGUUGGGCCGUCUGCCUGAACAGCAACCUCCAGAACGUCACCAACUACUUCGUGGUGUCGCUGGCGGUGGCGGACAUUGCCGUGGGGGUGCUGGCCAUCCCCUUUGCCAUCACCAUCAGCACCGGGUUCUGCGCCAUCUUCUACGGCUGCCUCUUCAUUGCCUGCUUUGUUCUGGUCUUGACACAGAGCUCCAUCUUCAGCCUCCUGGCAAUCGCCAUUGAUCGGAUUAUCGCUAUCCGGAUGCCUCUCAGGUACAAUGCUUUGGUGACCGGUUCGCGAGCUAAAGGCAUCAUUGGCCUCUGCUGGAUCUUAUCCUUCAUUAUUGGCCUGACCCCCAUGCUGGGCUGGCACAGGCCCGCCGCCGCCGCCUCCCCCUCCGCCAGCAACUGCCGCAACAGCUCCUUUCCCUUCCUCAGCAACUGCAGCAGCGACAUGGUGGCCUGCCUCUUUGAGUCUGUGGUUACCAUGGAGUACAUGGUCUACUACAACUUCUUUGCUUGCGUCCUCACCCCGCUCCUCCUCAUGUUCUGCAUCUAUCUGAAGAUCUUCAUGGCCGCCCGACGACAGCUCAAGCAGAUGGAGAACAAAAUCACGCAGGGGGAACGGUCCCGCUCCAUCCUGCAGAAGGAAGUCCACGCAGCCAAGUCCUUGGCCAUCAUUGUUGGGCUGUUUGCCAUCUGCUGGCUCCCAAUGCACACCGUCAACUGCUACAUCCUCUUCCAGAAGGAUUGCAGCCGCCCCCCGCUGUGGCUGAUGUACCUGGCCAUCAUCUUGUCCCACGCCAACUCUGUGGUGAACCCACUGAUCUACGCUUACCGGAUCCGGGAAUUCCGGCAGACUUUCCGCAAGAUCAUUGGGCAGCAUCUGCUUGGCAAAAAAGAGCGGUUCAAGGCUGCCACGGCCAGCCGAAGGAGUUCUCUUCACGGGGAUGGUACUGAAGACUCCAGCCUAAGGGUUAGCGAGUACGCACUGAAUUUCUACAGCAGCGGAGACUUGGACAGCCUGCACACUGACAGCGAUUUGGGGAAGAGACAAGUGGCCUUGGACUGGCAGCAGAACAGAAGCGCGUUGGAUGGGGAAACGAAUGGCCAUAUCGCCCACCCCUGCAAAAAUGGAGGUCUCCCCAAAGCCUCCAGGGACGUGGCGCUGCUUAGCCAAGGGCUGCUUGGAAUCCACACCUCGUGUGCUGACUUGGAGGCUCCAACCUUAGGCGCCCCUGAUGUGUCCUGAGGCCUCUCAGGAUGUCAGCCGGCUGGAGUGAAAUCUUCCCUCUCCCCAUUGGCUGCUUUAGAUGCAGCAAGAAAGGAGAGGGAGUGCGAGGGGGGUCUUAUGCUUGGGGUCCUUAUGAUGGAACGGGAGGGGUCCUUGCCAGGGCUGUUAGAAAGGGCCAAGAAGGCCUGCAGGGAAGGAAGGGCCAAGGGACAUUUUCCCUGCCAAAGAUGACCAGGACACGGACGGAUGGACAGAAACAGACACUUUUUUAGCUUUGGAAGACUCUGCAGAGGAGGCGUUGCAACGUCUUACCUGGCCCCAUGCAUCUACGGCUGCCUUUUGCCUGAGACCAGACGGACCAGGAGAAUAAGCAUAUCAAUUGGCAGCGGGUUAGUAGUACUGAGGAAGCAUGCGAUGGGAUGUUUUUGCUGAACUCCUCGGCCUGUUUCCUGGGGCUGGUGAGAGAGGGGUGUCCAUGUAAUGUGGGGGGCUGAGAGAUGCUUUUGUUUGUGUACAGUCUUGACUAGGAAAGCUUUAUGGUGCAAUAUGCUUUUCCUCUGGUUGCUGUCCCCAGUCCCUUGGCAUUCUGCAGGGCGGAGUGGCUGUCUACCCAAGCAAGCAGUGGGUUACUGUGCUCCAAAUUUGCACCCAGAGCACAGUUGCCCAGGAUAUUGUUGGGAGCAAACUUGAUGAGCGAGGAGGGGAGCACAGUGAGGUAGCUACCAUGGGACCCCCAGUCUGCAGCUAGGGAGGGGUUGACGGUGUGGGGAGCCCACCAAGCUGACCCCAGACAGACAAACCCACUGAGAGUGGAGAAGAAUCACUGGGGCUCAGUCCUAGAACCAUCUGGAUUUAAACUCAGUGCUCAGAUGAGAAGCAACCCACUGCGCAUACGCACCAUGGCCAUAUGAUCCCCACAGCUACGUCUAACAGUCAGAAUCCUCUUGGCAACCUUUCCAGGCAGCUCCCAAAUGUAAAACUGUUUCCUUUUUUCCUCCUGGCACACAUCCCAAAUCUGUGCAAGGGAAACCUGUUUCACAGCCUGAUGGCGUUCUCCUGGUUGGGGGCGGGGUGUGUGUGCGCGUGAGCCAGUCCAUGGCUGUGGCCUGUUGCCUGUAUCAGUCUAGCAGCCAUUGUGUUCGCAGCCAAGCUGUGCCAAAGUAGACGGUAACUUUUAAUGACAGGGCAGCCAGGUUUGUCAUGCAGUUUGGUAUCUAGACCCAGGACAUCUGAGGGGUGCCUCUCAGUUAAACGAAAUGCCCACCCUUUGAAGAAAAGCAAAGAAACACCUUCUGUGUUGGUGCAAGGUGGAGAGGCACUUGUGGAUUGCUGCACAGCUGCCCUGGAGAAUGCCCACAGGUCCUUUCCGCCUGAUCCUGCGCCCAUCUUUCCAAAACUUUAUAUCUGAAUGUUUGCCCUUUGCUCUCGCCCUAAUCCAUGCUCUGUCCCCCCUGCCAUUUUAAUAAGCUUUUAUUUCAGUUUUCAAGCACCGUAAAACUGAUUAAAAAGAAAAAAAUAAAUAAAUGGUGAAGUCCACAUUUUAUAUUUUUUAUUAAAACCGUCUCCCCUUGA